UCUGUGCCCUAACUGCACCCGGAGCAGCCUGGGGCCCCUUCACAGCUGUCCUGGCUGCAGCCUUCCCUCCAGGCAGACGUGGCAAGGACUAGCUAUGAAUGAGUCCUAUCGCUGUCAGGCAGCCACCUGGGUGGAACGGGGCUCCUCAGCGACAAUGGGUGGUGUGCUCUUCAGUGCAGGGCUGCUGGGCAACCUCCUGGCGCUGGUGCUGCUGGCGCGCUCCGGGCUGGGGUCCUGCCGGCCAGGGCCACUGCCCCCGCCGCCCUCGGUCUUUUAUGUGCUAGUGUGCGGCUUGACAGUCACGGACUUGCUGGGCAAGUGUCUGAUCAGCCCGAUGGUCCUGGCUGCCUACGCGCAAAAUCGGAGCCUAAAGGAACUGCUGCCUGCCUCAGGCAAUCAGUUAUGUGAAGCCUUCGCCUUCCUGAUGUCCUUCUUUGGGUUAGCCUCGACCUUACAGCUACUGGCUAUGGCACUAGAGUGCUGGCUGUCUCUGGGACACCCUUUCUUCUACCAAAGGCACAUCACCGCCCGCCGGGGAGUGCUGGUGGCGCCAGUCGCAGGCGCCUUCUCUUUGGCUUUCUGUGCGCUCCCCUUUGCUGGCUUUGGGAAGUUCGUGCAGUACUGUCCAGGUACCUGGUGCUUCAUCCAGAUGAUCCACAAGAAGCGCUCAUUCUCGGUAAUAGGCUUCUCUGUGCUCUACUCCAGCCUCAUGGCGCUGCUGGUCCUCGCAACUGUGGUGUGCAACCUGGGUGCCAUGUCCAACCUCUAUGCCAUGCACAGGCGCCAGAGGCACCAUCCCCGCCGCUGCUCCAGGGACCGCGCCCAGUCAGGCUCAGACUACAGGCAUGGGUCCCCGAAUCCUUUGGAGGAGCUGGACCACUUUGUUCUGCUGGCUCUCACGACAGUGCUCUUCACCAUGUGUUCCCUGCCUUUAAUUUACCGUGCUUACCAUGGAGCCUUUAAACUUGUGGACAGAGCUGACAGAGACUUGGAAGACCUCCAAGCCUUGCGCUUUCUGUCUGUGAUUUCCAUCGUGGACCCCUGGAUCUUCAUCAUUUUCAGGACUUCAGUAUUCCGGAUGUUAUUUCACAAGGCUUUCACAAGACCUCUGAUCUACAGAAACUGGUGCUGCCGUUCCUGGCGGACUAACAUGGAAUCCACUUUGUGAGGGCUUUGCAUGUUCUGGCAAGCUGAAAAUACAGCACACAUUUGGACAAAGAACCGUGGUUGAAAAUCCUUACAAUUGAAAUCGUUAAAAAAUACCUCCCGUGGGGAGCUAGAGAGAUGCAUCGGCCCUGAAGAGCAUUUCCUUUUCUUCCAGAGGACUGGAGUUUGAUCCCAGCACCCAUAUCAGGUGCCUCACAACCUCUGUAACCCCAGCUCCAAGGGAUCUGACACCACUGGGCUCCAUAAACACUGCACUCAUGUGCAUGUAACCAUAUGUGAGCACACACACACACACACACACACACACACACACACAGAAAGAGAGAGACAGAGACAGAGACAGAGACAGAGAGGGAGAGAGAGAGAGACUUAAAAGUAAUUUAAAGUAAAUUUAAAGUAUCACCCAGAAUUAAGUCAUCUACUUUUGAAAGUAACCAACUUAACAAUGUGCUGUCACUCUGUCUCCAUAAACCCUUUUGGUCCAUUAAAAAAAUGUACUAUUAACAGCCACUAAAAUUUGUAUGUUGUAAACAGUGUUAACAGUUUUAUAGCAAUGAUUUUAAUUGUCUCAACAUUUGUACCUGAUAGUUCUAAAUGUUUAGAGCAGUCUUAAGACCUAUGGUUUUUAUUGAAAUACAGUAGAAACAAUACUGUUUCACUGUUUGUCAUUUUGCAGUGGGUGCUCUUGAACAAGCCUAGCAAUGGCUCACAUGUUUUUACAGUGAAGCCUAACUUAGUUUGUAUCAUCAUAGCUUCUUGUUGUUGUUGGUUUGGUUUGGUUUUUUUGUUUGUUUUUGUCAAAUGACCUAAGAAUAAUCUGAAUUAUAAAUACAUUUCAGAAAAAUGAGUUGGGAAACUAGAUCAGGCCGAGCAUUUGGAGAGAGCAUUUGGAGAGAGCAUUUCAGAGGUUCACGGCCACAGGUGAAGGCUACAACUCCAUGUAGUUAAAUGAGGCAGGAUGUGAGUAGGACCAACAACUCAAAGUGGAAAAAAGGAAACUGAUCUUUUGAAGUCUGGUCUGGAGGCAGGGAUGGCGGGUGGUGGGGGGUGGUCAAAAACUUUCAUGAUGAGACUAAAAUUUUCAAUUCAGGGAACCAUUUUCACAUUGAUGGAUUCUUUGAGGCAGAGGAUUUAAGUUUCUUGGGAGAACACUGGUGUGUGACUCACCAAAGAGCUGGAUUAUUUACCAAUUUCAGCUGUGUGAACUCAUAGGGCAUUUAGCACAGUGAGAGGCCCACUCAGGAUGUAACCUCUGUGGAGGGUGAUGGCAAUGGUCCUCACAGCUGCAUAGUACAGCUCCGGUCUUCUGUUAGAGGAGGGAAUAAAAGGUACCUGGGGCUCCUAUGACCUCUGAUAGCAGAACCAGAGCACAGCAUGGCUCAGAAGGACACUGAGGGCACUGUAAUUGCUCACUUAUGAGAUCUCAAGGGUCAGCAACACUAUGUGUGGUCCAAAGAGAAAGUGGAGCAUGGGCUGCCCCUGCACUGGGAGAGAAGGUUCUAGCUAGAGAUCACAGCAAGAGCUUUCAGCAUUUCUAAAUCAAGAGAUGGGGGUAAGAUAGAGUUUUUGAGUCCUUGAGCAUCCUGACACUCAGAUGCUGAACCGGUCUUAAGGUCUGCAGCCGGCAAUCUCUUCCAAAGACAGGAGGAGCUCCCUCUUCCAGCUCAGCAGAAAACCAAUUUCCUCAACUCUGAAACCUCGAGAUAGUAUUAACUUAAUGUAUUAAUGUAUGUAUGUAUGUAUGUAUGCAUGUAUGUAUAGCAAAACUGAAAAAGCCAAAUUAGGAAUAAAGGAAAGAUAAAUUGAGAGUA